AUGGGAAUUUCCAGCAAGAAUGGCCCUAAAAAAAUGGGAAGGGCAAAGACGUUUACUGGGUGUUGGACGUGCAGAGGAAGAAAAGUUAAGUGUGAUCUUCGGCAUCCCCACUGCCAACGAUGUGAAAAGUCUAAUUUGCCUUGUGGCGGUUAUGAUAUCAAACUCCGGUGGUCUAAGCCUAUGCAAUUUGACCCGUACGGUGUCCCAAUCCCACAAAAUUCUCCUGCAACUACUACGAACUUAUCAGGUAGUGUCGAUGAACCACAAUACCAACGACGGAACAUCGAUUUUGUGCGCUAUGAUGAAGAAUACGUGUAUCAUGAAGAUAUGGAUGAUGAGCUAACAAUGCUGCAUACUCCCCCAAUUGAGAAAAUAAGCGAUAACAAGACGUGGAUCAUAAAGAAAUUUGGGGUGUUUAAAGGAACAGAUAAGAUCGACAAGCAGUACGCUCCAAGGAAGAAGCGCAAUAGGAAAAGAGUUGCCAAAAGCUUGGAGAGCUCAGCUUCUAUUUCGUUAUCUUCUUUACCAUCUUCUUCAACUAUUUCCUUUCCAAUUAGACAUAUUGAAGACAAGUUGAGAAAUAAAGGGCAUGUAAAGACAGGUAUUCUCUCUGCUAAUGAUGGUGUUCCACCAACACCAAAUCUUUUAGAUUAUGACUGGAACAAUCUGAAUAUAACAGGUUACGAAUGGAUCUCGAGUGAACUCAGAGAUGAUGCAUUAUUGUCAGCGGUGACCUUACAGGGACAUCACUUAGGACACACACAGCCACAAGAAAUCUCAUUAGAGGAAAACUCUAAUGUCGUGAGUGGGGAAGAGCAUGUGAAUGCCAAAGAACAUGGAUGUGCCUUUGAGGCUGAUAAUCAAGGUUCAUCAACUUUACCUAAUAAAGCAGCCAGUGCCAAUGAUAAACUUUACCAGCAAAACUUGAAGUUACUCUUCCAGAAAAACUCUUCGAACAGUGAGGAACCAGACCCUCAAGCAUUGAUCGACGAUGUGUUCGUCAAUAUUGAACCAAGAUCUCUGCCCGCAUCUGAUCUGAAUAAAAUAACUCUAGCUCCUCCAAAUGAAGAAUCACGCAUGCCUAAGUCCAUGUUAGAACUCACAUCCUAUUCCAGUGACCUACCACCUGAAUUGGUAGAUAUUAUACCCAAAACAGACCUUACCGUACAUGGUUUAGCGAGAUUUCUUUUAAAUCAUUAUUUUAAUAAUGUUGCAGAUAAAAUGACAGUGGUCGUGCUCGAAAAGAACCCAUGGAAAACAUUAUACUUCCCCAGAGCCUUGAUGGCAUUAGGCGAUUUAGCGGGUUUGGGACAAUCCUCCAACUCGAGGAAUGCGUUGUUGAAUGCUCUUCUUGCUGUCUCUUGCUUCCACUUGCAAAGCAAGUACCCAAGGAACUACAAACUACAAAAAUACUUUCUGGGCCUAGGUAUCGAAUUGAGAAAUCAAGCCUCGAACUUUCUAAGAUUAUGUUUGAACACAAAAUCAAGCAUACCUGAGAAAUAUAAAGACGUACUAACUGCGAUCUUAUCUAUGAACUCUAUUGAUGUUGUAUGGGGGACGAUGGCAGAUUGCCAGGAUCACUUGGCUCUUUGUGAAGACUUCGUUGAGUCAAGAAUGAAACUAAGACCUAAUAUUUCUGAAAAGACAAAAACCUUACACAGGAUUUUCUCGUUUCUGAAGUUAAUUCAAGAUAGCACUGCGUUGGAUAAAGUCAGGGCAAAGGAAAUUGUUAUUUUACCAAGUGAAGAAGAUGAUAAUUACAAACCAUUAGAUACAUCUAACGCUACUACCAGUAGCAGUGAGCCAAGAGUUGACGUUGUGCAGGAAGGUUUAUUUAGAGAGGCACUCAAUGAAAAUGACGGCAAAAUACAUAUUGAAUUCGUUAAGGAGCCUAUCACAAACGUAUCCGCUGACUCUACUCCAUCUUCGACCACUCCUCCAAUUUUUACCAACAUAGCAACAGAAAGUUACUAUAAUAAAUCUGAUAUAUCUAAGCUAGUAUCGAAGACUGAUGAAAACAUAAUUGGUACAGAUUCACUCUAUGGAUUGCCUAAUUCAUUAAUAUUACUAUUUUCAGACUGUGUUAGGAUAGUGAGACAUAAUGAAUAUUAUAAUUUAACUUACCUACCUGUACCCCGAAAAUUUAAUGAACUCUCGUUAAAUUUCGAAAAAAGAUUAUUGAAAUGGAAAUCAGAAUGGAACUUCCAUCAAGAAAAUUCGGAGGGAAAAAGCUUCAUAAACUCAACGGCUGAAGCACUAUAUCACCAUACAAUGAGCUUUUAUUUCAGUUUAAUUAUUUAUUAUUUUACAAUGGCAAGAAGUUUAAAUUGCCAAUUUCUACAAAACUAUGUUGCCAAAGUAUUAGAUCACUUAAAUGCAAUGGAAGAAUUGGUGGAUCAAAAAAAAGUGAAAAUUGUCCCUUUAAUUUGGCAAGGUUUCAUGGCAGGAUGUGCUUGCACAGAUGAAAACAGACAGCAAGAGUUUAGAAGAUGGGCAGCCAAAUUAGCUGAAAGUGGAGUGGGCUCCUAUUGGGGAGCCAGGCAAGUAAUGUUGGAAGUUUGGAGGCGACGGAAAGAGGAUGAGCCGGGCGAUAAUUGGUAUUCUGUUUAUAAAGAUUGGGAAAUGAAUCUGAUGCUAUCAUAA